UAAAAACAACAAAUGAAAUCCAUUUUGUGGUCUUUUAGACUGAUUUCAUUUUGAAGAUCUUGACAACAUUUUUCAUUCUUAUGCAUCUGUCCAAAUCUCAUUGUAUUUGAUUUAGUAGAACCAUUUCAUCAAUUUAGUCCUACAUUUGGAAAACUAUAUAAAGGAACCAGAAAAUCAUUUUUCUACACGACUUCAAAAUUCACCAUCACUUGUACAAUUCUUAUAUUGCUUCUGGAAAUGGAAUCUGAAUACUUAAUGGGAAGAAUCAUGGCUUCUUUGUUGGGGUUUGUGUUGUUGUAUAGAAUAACAGCAAAGAAGAAAGCCACAACAUCAAGAGGAGUUGCAAGAUAUGAAAAAUUAGAGAGCUCUGAAAAUGGAAUAGACCAGGCAGAGAAAGACAAUAAACCAGAUGUAAUUAUUGUUGGAGCUGGGGUUGCAGGUUCUGCUCUUGCUUAUACUCUUGGCAAGGAUGGAAGGAACGUACAUGUGAUUGAAAGAGACUUGACUGAGCCUGACAGAAUUGUUGGAGAACUUCUCCAACCUGGUGGCUACCUCAAACUAAUUGAGUUGGGACUUCAAGAUUGCGUAGAAGACAUCGAUGCCCAACAAGUAUUUGGAUAUGCUCUUUACAAGGGAGGAAGAAGUACUAAACUUUCCUAUCCCUUGCAAAGCUUUGAUUCUAACGUGUCUGGCAGAAGCUUUCACAAUGGACGUUUCAUCCAAAGGAUGCGAGAAAAAGCUGCUAGUCUAACCAAUGUAAGAUUGGAACAAGGAACAGUAACAUCCUUGCUUGAAGCAAAUGGAACAAUCAAGGGUGUCCAAUACAAAACAAAAACUGGUCAAGAACUUGCUGCAUCUGCUCCACUAACAAUAGUUUGUGAUGGUUGUUUUUCAAACUUGCGACGCUCUCUUUCCAAUGCCAAGCGGCGAGGAGACUUGUUUUCGCUUUUCAUUCUUAUUUAUACUGAAUCAAAUCAACCAUUAAAAACUGAAAAUGAAAUUUACUCCGAGCUUGAAGCCACAUCGCGCAAGACUCGGGUUAUAGAAUAA